AUGGGUUGUCUAAAAUUUCCCCUGACCAAGGACCGCUAGCCUUCCUAUUAUAGAAACGAGCAAACAAAAGCAACACGUAGACAAAUUCAGUGCAGUGUGAGGUUUGCACACUCUGCAAGGAAUAGUUUAAUUUGUGAAUUCGGUAUAGGCUUCAUGCUGGCGUUUUGCUCACAAUGAAUUAUUCACUUAACAAUAAUGAAAACUGAUAAAAUAACGUGUUUGAGAAUACUGUUAAUACCUUAACAGGCGUUGCUUUGUUCGCAUGCAGUGCGUGUCUGGAGCAGUAUCUGGCCAAAUACAGGCUCCAUCCAAACCUCUGGUUGAAGUUCUCACGCGCCUCUCCAAGACGCCGUAACAGACGGAUACGGUGACGUUUUAUUGUAAGCGCCCACCGUUCAUUUGAAGAAAUAAAGCGCUAUUGUCACUCGCAAUGAAGCCUGUUCGCUAAAGCCCAGUUGUCAGAUCAUCCACUGACACGAUAUUUAGCGUGAUGUGCGUUUACCAAAAUCGUUUUUUGGCACUCGGAUCUGGCUAUGAUCAUUCAUAACGAUCUCAUACGGGUAUGUUGGUAAUUUCUCUGGCAUAUUCUCUAUAGGUUAUCGUACACCGUGUAGGCAUUAUUAUUCGCAUACAGUUGCAUAUUUCAGUAACCAAAUGCACGCGAAGUAUUGUAUGUAACCACUAUUAUUUCAUCUUAUGUUCGUCUAUUUACAUGGCUAAUGAAAUGAAGUUGAGUGUUGAGGCGAGCGUGAACGUCGCCGUCACUGUCGUAGGCUAUCGCUCCAUCAAUGACAUAUAUAUGUGAUCUGUGCUGUGAAAACAAAAUUAUGCCUUUUUAUAUCCGAAACAUUCUUUUAAAUAUCGCGAUUCUGAAAAGGCAGUUGAUUAGCGACAAGGUAAAGACGUAAUGCAAUUUUAACCAAAUCUGCAAUAUGCAGUCCAGUCUGGGACAUGUUAUUAUCGUGAAAGAUCUCCGUCCAGCGUUUUUCCAAAAUGUUUUACGUUUUCGAUGAUUUUGAUGACCUGGAGUAAACUCGCGUGUUAAUCAUGAUGGACACAAAAUCAUAACGCUCGAGCUCUGUUCACCAAGAACGUGCGCGCGGCGAGACCUGAGCCGAAGAAUUAUAGUGGCGCCUCAGAUAUGAAUGAUGAUGGAGGCUGAUAACGCGGAGAGCUGGUUUCCUCUGUCAGAAAACGGAACCACAAGUUUAAACGCGUCGAACCUGGGUUUCCUAAACGCGUCGAAUCUGGGUUUCCUAAACGCGUCGUCUCCGGUGGGUCUGUGGGGUGAUGCUCAGGAUAAAGAGGUGGCACGACCGGAGGAGAUCCUGCAGGCGCAGGAAAGAGCUUACAAGGAUUUCACUACCACCAUUCAAGUUUUCAUCCUUAUCGGCUCCCUUCUGAAUUGGACCCAUUCGCCUCCAUUGUACUGCAAUACUGCCGUGUUGUGGUGCACUUGCUACACCAAUGUCUUCAAGUCUGUCACCAAUCUCUUCAUCAAGAACCUAGCAUGUUCUGGCAUUUGUGCUGGGUUGGUGUGUGUGCCCUUUGACAUAGCCUUGAGUGCCAGUCCCCUAUGCUGCCUAUGGGUCCAUACGCUUCUGCUGUGCAAAGCCAUCAAGUUCCUACACAGGCUUUUCUGUUCUGCCACUGUGCUCAGCUUUGCUGUCAUUGCCCUGGAUAGGUACUACUCAGCACUGUAUCCACUGGAGAGAAAGAUAUCAGAUGCCAAAUCCAGAGACCUGGUCAUCUACAUCUGGGUGCAUGCGGUGGUAGCCAGUGCCCCUGUGUUCGCUGUAAGCAAUGUGACGGAUGUCUACGCCACCUCUUCCUGUUCUGACGGCCAAUCGCUUGGACAUCUGGUUUAUAUGAUCACGUACAGCAUCACCACACUCAUUUUACCACUAGCCGUGGUGUUUCUAGCUAUGCUACUAAUCCGCCGCGCACUAAGCACCAGCCAGAAGAAGAAAGUGAUCAUUGCGGCGCUGCGCACUCCACAGAACAGCAUUUCCAUCCCGUAUGUGUCUCAGCGUGAGGCUGAACUUCACGCCACACUGUUGUCCAUCGUUCUAGUCUUCGCGGUGUGCAGCACUCCCUACGCCGCUCUAGUCAUAUACCGUUCAGUGCUGGGGGCCACUAAAGCCUCGUCUUGGUUACAGCUGACUGCCGUGUGGCUGCCGAAGGUCUCUCUCCUCACCAACCCGCUGUUUCUCCUCACAGUAAACCGUUCUGUGCGGCGUUGCCUUCUUGAUAUGCUAGCACGCCUGCAUCGCCGCUAUAGCCGAAGGAACAUGGUCAGUGUUGGGGGUCUGGCUGAAGUAGGACCACUAGGGGGCGAGACUGUUGUUCGCUCUGGUAGUCAACUCCUGGAGAUGUUCAAUAUCGGCCAACAACAGAUCUUCAGACCAAAUGAGGACGAAGAAGAUGAGAAUGAAAUUUCCUCUGUGGCCUCCGCCAACUUUCAACCCAAAGAUGAAGGACAGGGUGGAAACGGAGGGGCGGCAAGAGAGCUGCGUCAGCCGCAGCCAGGGGACGCGGUAAAAGAAGAGGGCUUAGUGUUACCAAAACAUUCCCCUAUUCAGUCAUGUGCCUACUCCUCUUCACAGGUCGCCCCUGCGACUCCCACGGACCCUGAGGAUGCAACACAGUUUGGUUUUGGGCCAUUUGAGCUGCCCCCACAAUGGCUGCCUGAAACCAGGAACAGUAAGAAAAGGCUCCUUCCUCCGUUGGGUAACACACCAGAGGAGCUGAUCCAGACCAAGCAGCCCAGAGUUCGGCCCGAGAGACGCAUCAGUAGAAACAAUAAAGUUAGUACCUUCCCUAAUGUGGAUCCAUGAAACAGUGCAGUGGACCAAAUCAUAAAAAAGCCAAGAAUUAAGACAGUUUGUGUUUUAUAUCUAAAGUUAUUUUGAGAUGAUUUUCUAUGUGAGUGCAGAUCAAUGAAGGACAUGGAGAGUAUAUGUUUACAGCAGGAAGUAAGAGGAAUUUACAUUCUCUCUCUUGCUGUCUGUUUGGACGAUUUAAUAGACAUCCCUUUGUCUCCAUGUACUGACAGAACAGGAAAUUGAUCUUUCACGGGAAAUUCAAGAAACAAACGUAAGGUAGGCAUGGAUUGUAUGACAUUUGUUGGAAUGGUCAAUAAAAUUAAUCACAAUCA